GAAGAGCCAAUUGGCCCUGUCGCAAGCCAAUUGCUUAUAUGACGGUUUACAUCGUGCAAUCGCAUGUCUCGGUGUAGGCAUAGGCUCUAUCGGGCUCUUCAACAGCAUGGUACAGCCAGGCCCGACUACAUUUGGAUUAGUGAUGAGCUCGUUUAUGAAGGCUUCUUCCGAUUCACAAGAAUCCAUAAACGAUGUAGCAGCUCUGUCCCAGGGCCUCUGGAGGCCCAGAAACGGCUCUCAAAGCGAAGGCAUACCGCUUUGGCCCUGAUGAGAUCUCACCCACCGUCAAUGGAGGCCGCAAUUCUGUUUGGGAAGCCAGAACAACAAAAUUCGGACGUACAUCCAGUCGGAGUGCAUCCAUGGUCUCCACAAGCGUUAGAGGCCUUCCCAUAUCUACAUAAUGACGUGCCCCCAGUUCCACAGGCUUGGAAAGACGACAAUACCCGAAACUCACAAUUCGAUACGAUUCUCGAUAAUACCGCACCUCCUUCUAGUCCGAGUUAUGCUUUUCUCAGGAUGCACUUGUCUUCGUCAGCAUGGAAGUCAUCUUCGCUCAAUGAAUUCAAAAAAUACAUUGCCGUAUUAGGGCUUGACCCGCAAGGACGAUCCCUCAUCAGCCGUAUAGCGCUCUCCGAGAUCCUGCUAGUUCAAAAUCGCAGCGGACGAUCCAAAAGAUGGAAUAUUGACGAUUUGCAUGGCUUUUUCAGUGACCCUUUUUUGAAUGUUCCUGCAGCAGAGAAUUAUGUCACCCUGGUCGAACACUGCACCAUGCAUACAGAAAGGAAGUCUCGGCUGUACGCCCACUUUCGCUUCCUGAAGCGUUCCAUCAUGCUUGGUCUUGUCCCUGUGGAGGAGAUUGCUAAAAUUAUCAAACUUAUACCAUUGAUUAAAACCAAAACUCGGGAACACGGCAAGAGCACCAUCGGGAAAGCCAACUGGGCUGAUGUUGCUACUUGCUAUCAGGCUAUUUGGGAUGGACUUAAGGCAUCCUCUGUUCUAACACCAUCUGACCUUGGCCGGGAAACAAUGACAUUAUGGGUCGAAGAGAUUUUAAAAGUCUCACCACAUGGUAGACUAUCACAGCUCGGUAUGGAUGUUAUCCACGCGUUAGACGGUUCCGGGGCCGCCGGUUUAAAUUUGGCAGGAGAUGUCCUUCUUCGCCGUAUUGUCCUUACGGCGGCGUCUGUGCCAGAAUCAACAAAUAUAGAUAUACCCGAUGAUGCCCUGCACGGCACCCUCCUCUAUGCUCGGUCACUCCUCAAUUCAUGCCCUCCCGAGGUCGCGGUCGCACACAUUUUAAAAAUAACUGAGCUACUAGUAUUUUCACCAGUAUAUACAAAGUGGGGUUCCCAAUCGUUGCGCAUCUGGUAUUGGGUACUGUCCCGUCUUGAUAAUGAUUUAGUCCUAUUCUCAGCCACUUCGAGGAGUAAUCUUGAUUCCGCUUCGAGUUUGACGUCGUCGACGACUUGGGACACAACUGGCUUGGACAUUCCAAAUCGACUUAGAAAUUUGCUUAAGUUGUGGGUCCUAGCUGUCCUGGGACACACCACCGACAGCUAUGCAAUACUAGAUUCCCGCAGACGGAAUGUAUUCCGUCGUCUUUUAUCUUCCCUCGAUCGAGCUUCAGGCCCAUUCAGAGGUACUGAUAUUUUGACCCGGCUCCGAAUAUACUUCCAAGACUCCCGUCUGCGCGUUUUAUCUGCGACAGACCUUGUUCUGUCAAAUGCUGCCGACAUAGAGUUCUCAAUAGCACAAAAGCAGUUUCGUUGGAAUAGAGAAAGCGGACAUGCUGGUGGGCCGGAUUGCCUUGACCCAGUGAUAAAAGCGACACUCCUCAAUCCCACCCAUAGUCCUAAGACAAUCAAAGAAAUCCUCCCAUACUUCUCCAUGUAUACCCGAAACCGCGCAGCAAUAUAUGCUACUUUUGAUCAGCUUGCAAAAUCCACGGAUGUCACCUCCUCGUCCUUUAUCCACCAGAUCAUCACAUUCACAGAAGCUGGUGCGAUCCCGCGCAGCGCCAUCCUGCGUCUCCUCCGCCGCCACACCCCUUUAAAAGUCGCGUUGUCCCGCUGCUGGCAGGAACCAGCACCCACAUAUGCGAUAACAGAACCUCGCGCACCACAGCCAGAUCCUUCUUUAUACCCCAACCCUAACGAAUGUUUGCGCAUGUUGCAUAUUCUCGCACUCGUGUUUGCUUGCACGACGACAGUGACGCCAACAACGUCCUGGCGCCUGACGCAAUGGGUAUAUUUAUUCAUCGUCCAGCACCAUGGGCCUGUAUCGCCCAUAUUAGCGCGAGCGCUUUUCCAAGCUGGUGUUACGAGGUACCGUGAAGCCGGCAAACCAGUACCAAAACGCAAAUAUGCGUUUAUUAUGCAGAAGAUCAGGGAAGCGGAGGGAGCGGCUGUUGCGAAUGCACUGUUGGAUGCGGAAAUGUUUUGAGGAUGCUUGGAUAAUUUAGUUAGUUGGAUGCGGCAAGCUCUCUCGUCCUGUCUGACAAUGUGUAGAAUCAAAAUUCUUGAGCUAGCUCUGCACAAUCCCCCAUGUUUCACAUUAGUUUCUUCAGGCUAGAGUAUCUAUUUGUAUUUGCCUAAGCCAGCCCUAACACGGACAAUAAAACCACAAACCACGAAGACUCUACUGCUCCCGGAGCAGAUUAAUAUGGGCAGACUAAUGACCAGAUUCAAUAAGUCGCCAGCAAUCGUAUUAUACAGGUAGUAGUUGACAUAACGCCCCCUUUACGGGGAAUUUUCUAUUGGCCAUAUCAAGCACCUACCAUAGGGAAUAAAACUGCUCACAUGAGCCAUGUUAUCACCAGG